UCAGUGUUGCCAAAUAUGGGCUUUUUUUACCAAAACUGUUGCUUCAGUUGUGCAGUUAGUGUUCUUAUAUCCAUUAUAAGCACAUUUUUCGUGGUAUUUCUUAUAGUCACUGUAAUAGUAUAUUUUGUUUACUAUCAAGAGCGUGAAAAUGAUUCAACAAGCAAAAUAAAGGACGAGCUAAAAGAUACUUUUGACAGUGGACUGGACAAAAUAAAAGAUGCUUUAUCAAGGAAAUAAGGUAAGUUAACAUUGCCUUCUCG